AUGGGAAAAAAACGAAUAAUUGCAUUAAUUGAUAUGGAUUGCUUUUAUGUUCAGGUGGAACAACGUCUUCAACCUCAUCUUUAUGGUAAACCAGUCGCUGUUGUUCAACAUAGCAGUGGUAAUAAUCGAGGCGGUGGCUUACUUGCUAUAUCAUAUGAAGCAAGACCUUUUGGUAUCAAACGUGGUAUGUUUCCUGAGCAAGCCAAAACCUUAUGUUCUGAAUUGACACUUUGUUAUGUGCCAGUUGGCGAACAUGUUGAUAAGGCAGAUAUCACACGUUACAGGGAUGCAUCUGCGGAAGUAUUUAAAGUUUUACAUGAAUUUAAUUCACGAAUUAUUGUUGAACGGGCAUCGGUUGAUGAAGCUUAUUUGGAUCUUACUGCUUUAGUAGAGCAUAUCUACGAAACCACCGAUCCUUCGAUUAAGUAUGGGAAAUUUGAUGCAAUGGAUUUAUUUCCUACAACACAUGUUGCUAACGGAACAGAUGUGAAUGAAGACAAAAUUCCGGAUUGGAAAUAUGAUAGGAUUGGAUCUUUGCAUUCUUUUAUAUCAGAAACAUGCGAAACAAAGGAUGAAUACAAGUUGAAAUUGAUUAUUGGAGCUGAUUUGGUUGAACAAAUAAGAAGGAAUAUAAAGAAAAGCACUGCGUUCAAUUGUUCUGCCGGAAUUGGUAGUAGCAAGAUGAUUGCUAAAUUAGUUUGUUCACGACACAAGCCUGGUCAGCAGACUGUUGUAUUCAAUGAAGCUAUACCUAAAGUUUUCGAAUACACUCCUAUAAAUGAAGUGCGAAAUCUUGGUGGCAAAUUAGGAAGAGCAUUAAUGGAAAAAUUCAAUAUUAAAACAAUGGGUGAAUUAUCAGAAAUAUCGAUGUCACAUCUCAGCGAAUAUUUUCCAGCUCAAGCAAAGUGGAUAUACAAUAUUGCACACGGUAUUGAUGACGAAAAAGUUACUGCACGUGAUAAGCAAAGCUCAGUUGCUGUAAGUAAAAAUUUCCCCGGUGCUAAUGCCCUAAAAACGGAUGUUGAUGUGAAAUUUUGGUUGGAAGGUUUAGUCAAAGAAUUGGUGAAACGCUUAAUUGAUGAUCAAAUAGCGAAUAUUCGAACCGCUUCAACACUCCAUAUUGGUUGCACAACUGACAUACAUCUUACUAGAAGUAUGCAGAUGAAGACAUAUGAUCCGAAAGCUUUAUUUACAUCAGUUUGGGCAAUUUUUCGACAUAUUAACAAGUCGGGCAUACCGGAAACUUGGGAUCCAUCGGUGAAGAAUAUUGCGCUUUCCGCAGAUCGGUUUCGAGAAGGGAUUGAUGGUCGUUCGAAACAAAUCACAGAGUGGGUAACGAAAGCAAUAGAUGUAGCGGAAAAUUCAGUGCUAGAUGCUUCCACCGGUGAAGAUACUAAAAGUUUAGCCGUACCUAUUGAAAACGUAGCGAAGACUUCAGUGCAAACUUCGGUGGAUGUGCAUCAUUCACGAAGAGAGGUACAGAAAGAGAAUGAUGAUGAUGAUGAUGAUGAUGAUAUACAGAUUAUUUGUGAUACAAAGAAAGAAAAAAAAGUUAUCACUGCUGCUAUCCAUUCUAAAACAACGGCUAAAAAGCGAAAAAAAAGAAGAGUAAUGAAAAAGUUGAGCCCACCGACAAGGAAAAUAUCAGAUUUUUUCAAAAAACAAUAA